AAGCUAACAGUAGAUAAAAAUGUUGAUAGAGUAAUUCACACAGCUUACCAAUUAUAUCUGUUAGUAAAUAUGAAUAUAGAUACUCAAAAUAUGAUAGCAAAAGAAAUUGCUGACCUUGUAAUUAUAGAAAUUGAAAAAGGUGAUGAAUUUUCAUAG